GAGUACAAAGGGCCCUAGAGUGUUGGUGAUGUAAGCACAGUGUCCAGUGCUUACCCCACUGCUCUCCCCUCUCCCACAUGCUGUCUGGGGGGUUGCGGCGGGACAGGGAGGAACAUCCUUUUCGUGGAUCAACCUGAAGACUGCGCACUGACUCACAAAUUGAGAGAUGCCAGCGGCUUGUCUGCCCCGCCUCAGGGGCCACUUCUGAUGACCCGGGCACACAGUGGGAAGGAGAAAGUGUUGACCAGCUCUGCGUAGAGGAAUGUGGCUAAGCUGUGGGGAGUGGUGGAUCGGAUCGGUGUGACCAGGAGAGAGGAGAACAGACCGACUGACUGACGACAUUUACUCUGGCUCAUUUGUGGAAGCCACGUAGACUCAGGUCACCAUGGACUUGCUGCAGGACUCCAGUCACACAAUGUGUGGUCUGAACGCCCGCCUGAAGGGCUUCCUGGAGCAGGUGCACAGGCUGCAGGAGGCCAACCACCGGCUGGAAGCUCAGAUAGCCGACUGGGGCGCCAGGAGCGGCUCGCACUCCCAGGAGUGGUCCCAGCAGGAACAGACUGUCAAGGAGCUCCGUACCCAGGUUGGUAAACUCCUGAUGGAAAAUGCCCAACUGGCGUUAGAGUCUGACAGCGUGAAGUCCAGAGCUGCUGCCAUCCAGGCCAGGUGCGAGACGGAGGAGAAGAACACCAGGCGUCUGGAGCAACAAGUGGCUCAGCUCAGGGAGCUUAAGAGGAAGGCAGACCAGAGCAGCACAUCCCUGCACACGGACUUCCACCGCUCCAUGACAGAGCUGCAGGAGAUCCACCACGAGUUUGAGGCAGCCCGGGCUCUGCAGCUGCAGCGGGCCGGCUCCUGCGAUGCUCUGUUAAAGACAGCCACAGCAGCAACAGCAGCAGCAGGAGGGGAGGAGGAGGAUGGCACAGGGAUGGAGCUCACCCAGCUCCUCGACCGAAUCAGAGCGCAGUGCGACCAGAGCAGACUUCCAGGUCCGGGCGAGGGACACCUCGGCCUGGGCGCCGUCUCAAAUCCACCCCCAGGCUCGGCCGGGCCUAGCCACUCCGGGGCUGGAGCGGCAGCAUCCAGAGCACACAGAGGAGCUCUCAGUGAGGAGGAGGCAGCGUGGGCACAGGUGAGCCUCGGCGGCGCAGCCCUAAGGGAGGCACGAGCUGAGCUAGCUGAAGCCAGGAAGCAGUGGCACUCCCUGCAGGUGGAGAUCGAGACCCUACAUGCCUUGGAGAAAGGCCUGGAGAGCUCCCUGCAGCACACCCAGCGGCUGUACUCCAGCCAGCUGCAAGACCUUUCCCAGGUCAUCGCCGGGCUGGAGGGCGAACUGGAUCAGGUGAGGAGCGGACUGGCCACCCAGCGUCAGCGUCACAGCGAGCUGCUCAACACCAAGAUGAGGCUGGAGCGAGAGAUCACCACAUACCGGCGCCUGCUGGAGCGCGAGGAGGGAAGAUACAUGGGUCGUAAUGUGCAGCACUUGAAUCUGCGGCCUUGGAGGUUUUCCACGGAGGAGCCGAAGGAAAACGGGCUGGAGAACGGCUUCAGUGACCCUGCUGUGACGCCGGAUGAACCCAAGUCAGAGCCCCUGCCUGAGAUACCUCCACUCCUCCCCGCAGACAAUGGGAUAAAGAAAGGCAUACUGUACAGGCAGCAGAGCCUUGUGAUACUCACAGAGCCAGAGCAAGAUAAAGACUUGCCAAUCUCCACUGUGAAGACUCAGGAGAUUCUUCAGGGCAAUGUUGUACGGGAAAGUGCAGAGGGUCACGGCACCAUCGAGACGGAGAAGAUUGACAAAGUGAUAAAGCAGUGGGAGGGCUCCUUCUUCAGAGGGAAUCCCAAGCUGCGGAAGAAGUCCGUGUCUCUGCGUUUCGACCUGCACAUGGCUGCGGCAGACGAGGGGUGUGCCCAGACCAAACAGGACAGCCUUCCUGACGUGGAGGUGCGUCUCAUCAUGAAGAGGUCUCGCAGCAUCCCGUCCAUCACACAGUAACUCUGCAGCCAUUCGGCCAGAGGUGGCGCCGGUUCGCAGCUAUUUGUGGUAACACUGCUGAUUCAGGCCUAACCCCAAUGUCACUGACAUCGAAGGAUAUUACUGUCCGUUUCCAUCAUGCUUAAUAUGAAUUUCAAAUGCUGCAUUUACUGAACUUUGCAUCAGAGCUGAUGACUGAAACGGAGAUUUCUCGUAUCUCGACUCUGGCAGGAGCAGCUUCACCCAUCAGGCUUUUGUGGUGGCCAUUUUUCUAGUGUCUGAAAGACUUACGUUCAUCACAUUAAUAUAUAAAUCAUCUUUCUAGGUUACCAUUCUAGAUGAAGAAAGGGUGUGAUUAUCUCGGUAACACUUGGAUGAGAGGUAAUAAUACAUCUGAUUAACACUUGAGACUGGAGGCAGAGUGCACAGAUACAUGCAGAGCAGAUAAUCAUAAACUACUGUGAACUAUCUAAGGGCGGAUUUUAUUUUGGUAGGUUUUCUGGAAGGGACUGUAUGAAAAUUAUUAGGAUAAUAUCUUUCCAGUUAUCACUAUCCAAUAGCAGCAGUAGCUUAGGUGUGACUUGCAGGCAAAGUGAGAACACUUUUGUCAAAUACAUAUGUAACACAUUUCAAUAUAAGUAAUGAUAUUUAUUAAUAUAAUAUAUUAUAUUCUAAAUAAACUGGAAGACACAGCCUCAAGGUUCCAAGGAAAGGUGCAGAGCAUGAAUCAUUCUAUGAAGAGGCCGCCUGGUGCUACGAGCACUAAAGUGGAUGUUGCAUUUGUUUUGCCUCAUUUCUGUGGCAUACAAUGUGUUGCAGUUGAGUAUUUUUAGGUUCACUAGCAUCUGUGUCACAGAAUUAUUGUUAUAUGGUUGUGAUUUACAUUUUACAUAGAGAGGAAGUAAAACUGUCAGUGUUUGCAGCAGAUCCCACUUCAGCCAAGUGACAAAUGUGUCUUCUCCACAGAGCCCCAGGCUGUUUAUUUAGCUGCUGUUGGUGGAAUUUAAGGAUAUUUUCAGAUGGAAGUAAUAAAAAAAAAAAAAAAAAAGGCUUAAAAAAUAUAUAAAAAAUAUUUUACCACUGCUUCAUUAUAUUUAUGCAAGGAUGGUCUAAAAAUUUUUUUUUUUUUUUUUUUUUUUUAA